UGGCUCUACAUACAUUUUUGCUAUUUAAUGUUAUUUUUGACCACACGGAAACAAACCGUAGUCAUAUAACCCGUGUUCGUUUGUUUAUUUACAGAUUGCAACCAUGGGCCGCCGACCAGCGAGAUGCUACCGAUACUGCAAGAAUAAACCCUACCCGAAGUCCCGCUUCUGUAGGGGGGUGCCUGAUCCCAAAAUCAGAAUCUUUGAUUUGGGCAGGAAGAAGGCCAAGGUCGAUGAGUUCCCCAUGUGCGGACACAUGGUCUCUGAUGAAUACGAGCAGCUGUCCUCAGAAGCUCUGGAGGCAGCCCGUAUCUGCGCCAACAAGUACAUGGUGAAGACCUGCGGAAAAGAUGGCUUCCACAUCCGCAUGCGUCUGCAUCCCUUCCACGUCAUCCGCAUCAACAAAAUGUUGUCCUGUGCCGGAGCUGACAGGCUCCAGACUGGAAUGCGCGGUGCGUUUGGUAAGCCUCAGGGCACCGUGGCACGCGUGAACAUUGGUCAGGUGAUCAUGUCCGUGCGUACUAAGCCCCAAAACAAGGAGCAUGUGGUUGAGGCCCUGCGCAGAGCCAAGUUCAAGUUCCCUGGACGCCAGAAGAUCCAUAUCUCCAAGAAGUACGGUUUCACCAAGUUCAACGCCACCGACUUUGACGAAAUGAUGGCAGAGAAGCGUGUCAUUCCCGAUGGUUGUGGGGUGAAGUACAUCCCCAAUAAAGGCCCUCUGUCUCGCUGGAAGGCCCUGCAUGCCAUCUAGGGCGUCUGCAGCCGAACCAACAAUAAAAGUGGCUUUCAUUA